CGCAGUUGUCGCAACCAAGAGACGCCAUCAGGGAUCGCGGAGGAACUUAAGUUGCGGGCUCGGUCAAUCCGGAACAGUCUGUCCCUGGCCACGGUUUAAAUCCGUCACUGUGUUUGCCACUAAUAUUUUACUAGAACAUUAAACGGAUCAUAGGCAUCUAACAAAAACAACAAAGUCCAAGAGUGCAAUUUCUGUCUGUGAUUAUGAGUUUCUAUUGUUUUCCACAUACCAGAAACUACGAUUAGCUGAAGCUUUAAAUAAUAACAACAAUAAAUGUGCAAUGUAACAAGCAAUAAUGAUGCAACAUCAAAAUAUUUCAAAAAUAUUUGCAAAGUGAUAACCAAGCAUUAGUGAUGCAAUGCUAUUAAAAAUGCAUACAAGUCGGAUCUAGCCUGCAGACGAUCUAAACUUUUUGGAUUUAAAAAAGACCACAUUUAAGCGCGCCCCAUGGUAAUGGCCGUGAUACUGUUGCUGGCCCUGGCACUUGUACUCGGCUGCUACUGCGCUCUCCACCGGCACAAAUUGGCGGAGAUUUACCUCCGGCCGCUCCUCAAGGACACGCCACUGGAGGAUUGCUACCAUGCCGCGCCGAUCGAACCGGAGGCGCCAAGGAAGCGGAGGCGUGGCAUCUGGGACAUCCCCGGGCCGCAGAGGAUCCCCUUCCUGGGCACCAAGUGGAUAUUCCUGUUCUUCUUCCGCCGCUACAAGAUGACCAAGCUGCACGAGGUAUAUGCGGAUCUCAACAGGCAAUACGGUGACAUAGUACUCGAGGUGAUGCCCUCCAAUGUGCCCAUUGUGCACCUGUACAACCGCGAGGAUCUGGAGAAGGUGCUGAAGUAUCCCAGCAAAUACCCAUUCAGACCGCCCACCGAGAUCAUCGUGAUGUAUCGCCAAUCCCGACCGGAUCGCUAUGCGAGUGUGGGAAUCGUGAACGAACAGGGACCAAGUUGGCAGCGACUUCGAUCCUCCUUGACCUCCAGCAUUACUUCUCCCAGGGUUCUGCAGAACUUCCUGCCCGCCUUGAAUGCGGUUUGCGAUGAUUUCAUCGAACUGCUGAAAUCUAGACGGGAUCCGGAGACCCUGGUGGUUCCCAGAUUCGAAGAUCUGGCCAAUCUGAUGGGUCUGGAGGCCGUCUGCACUUUGAUGUUGGGCCGGAGGAUGGGUUUCCUGGCUGUCGAUACCCAACAGCCGCAGAAGAUCAGCCAACUGGCCGCUGCUGUCAAACAGCUUUUCAUCUCCCAAAGGGACUCUUACUACGGUCUGGGUCUGUGGAAAUACUUUCCCACCAAAACGUACAGGGAGUUCGCCAAGGCCGAGGACUUGAUCUAUGAUGUGAUCUCCGAGAUCAUCGACCACGAGCUGGAGGAGCUCAAAAAGUCGGCUGCCUGCGAGGACGAGGACGCUGCUGGAUUGCGGAGUAUCUUUCUCAAUAUUCUGGAGCUCAAGGAUCUUGAUAUUAGAGACAAGAAGUCGGCUAUUAUAGACUUUAUAGCCGCGGGCAUAGAAACUCUAGCCAACACCUUGUUGUUUGUGCUGAGUUCCGUUACUGGGGAUCCUGGGGCCAUGCCCCGCAUCCUCAGUGAAUUCUGCGAGUAUCGGGACACGAAUAUCCUGCAGGAUGCUUUAACAAAUGCCACUUACACGAAGGCCUGUAUACAAGAGUCCUACAGACUGAGGCCCACUGCCUUUUGUUUGGCCAGAAUAUUGGAGGAGGACAUGGAGCUUUCGGGCUAUUCGCUAAAUGCAGGGACCGUGGUCCUCUGUCAGAAUAUGAUCGCGUGUCACAAGGACAGCAACUUUAAGGGAGCCCAGCAGUUUUCCCCGGAGCGAUGGAUUGAUCCUGCCACGGAGAAUUUCACGGUGAAUGUGGAUAGUGCCAGUAUUGUGGUGCCCUUCGGAGUGGGUCGAAGAUCGUGUCCGGGAAAGCGUUUUGUGGAAAUGGAGGUAGUGCUACUGCUAGCUAAGAUGGUGCUGGCCUUUGAUGUGAGUUUUGUGAAGCCCCUGGAAACGGAAUUCGAGUUCCUGUUGGCCCCCAAAACUCCACUCAGUCUAAAGCUCAGCGAUCGGGUUUUUUGAUCGUGGGUCUUGAAGAAAACUGAUCCAGAAACACUGCCUACCCUCAGGCGUUAUGUAUCAAAUACAACUAAUCUAGCUAAGAACUGAACCAUUAAGUGAAAUUAAUGUAAAAUAUGCUUAGGAUUUUAUACAUAUCUAUAUAUAUAUCAAUAUGUAUUGUAUAUCCCUGAUGAGCCAGAAUCAGCAGCCUAGUCCUGUGAAGCAAUCAAAAGAAGAGCACAACCAAUCAAAAUAAUUUAACAAAUUUAUGCUGACUGGAUAUUAUGUAGAUGUAUAUACAAUUGUCAAGUUCUGUUGUAAUUACUUAGUUAUCGGAUCUUAUUAUAGUUAUUGUUAGAUUUAGAUAAUAAGUAGCAGCAAUUGUUUUUGAGAGUUCUGUAAACGGAAAGACUGUGUUUAAGUUUUGUUUUCCAUGAUUUUAACAGUUUUAAAUAUUUUCUGUAUAUAGUUUUGAAAGUUUGUCGCUCAACUUGUGUACAGCAUAAUUUUAUUUGUAUUUAUUCAAGUGUUUGUACUGCCUACGUUUUUAGUUCAU